AACGAUUGCCCCUCUACUAUCUCUCUUUCUCUCUCUGCAUCACACGUCGCUCUUUGACUGUAGGUUGUAGUACUUGAAGCGAACGAAAACAAAUGAGUUCCAACCAGAAACGCACACUCUCUGCCUUGCUCUCUCUACAUGCCUCUCUUUAUCUUUGUGCUUUUCUGGGAUUGCUUAUUCUUGGUUUGGAGUUUCGAGUUUGGAGUAUCUAAAACAAAAUGAAGGCGUUGAUAUCUUUUUUUUUUGCCGCUUACUUGCUCUCUGCAACUCUUGCUAAUCUCUGGUAGUUGUUUUCUUGGGUUUCAUUGACCUCUGGAGCACCGACACUCGUUACUUCCUGUUGGAGGGGCUGGUGCUUCUGUUAAUGGCAUCUCUUGCCUCUGCAUUACUAAAGCUGAAAUGGAGUGGCCAGCAUCUUUUUUGAGCUGAAAAGAACACAUUAAAGCCUUUUCCUUGCAAAUCUUAAGAGAAGAAAGGUUGAAGUUGACAAACAUCUGCAUCCCAUAGUCUGAACUUGGGAUAUUGCUGAAGUCAUAAAAAAAUUAUUUGUCUUAUGGGAGACCAUUCAACGCCGAAAAUAAAUUCAAGGGAUCAGCUAUCAUUAGGAACUUCUGAGACUGUAAUAACCCGAGCAAGGCAAAAUUUGGCUCCACAUGACAGAGUCACACCAAAAAAGCCUACUUUGUCAUGUGCUGAUCUUCAUCAUGAAAUUACAAAGAAUAUAAAAGAUAUUUCACCUAAUUGUUCAAGGAAUCUCCUAAAGCAAUGUAGGAAGGUAACCAAAGAAGAGGAGCUUGUCAAGUAUAUGUCAAAUUUGCCAAGUUAUCUGGAGAGAGGAGAAAAUCGGCAGGAGAAAGUUUUAAACGUCGGGGUCCUUGAUUGGGGUCGUUUAGAAAAGUGGCAGUGUAGCCAAAAACAGAUACCACACAGAAGUAGCAGGCAUUCGCUCUCACACAGAAGUAGCAGGCAUUCGCUCUCAAGUACUAAUUCAUCAUUCUUAACAGAAGGAUCAUCUGUUGACUCUAGUAGAGGUCAGAGCUGCUCUCCUGCUCAUCAAAGGUUGCGUCGUCCAUCACUGCAGUCUCAUCUGAUGUCAUCUCCUGUAGAAGUCCAUUCACAAGAUGUCAAAUCGUUUGAAGAAAGUAUUCAUAAGUGUCAAGAUGUCAAAGGUGCCCAUACUAACACUAUGAAUGAGCAAGGAAAGUUCACCAAGACAGAUAAACUCUUUUCUAAAAACUGUCCUGAAAUCAAGCUGGAUCAGAGCAAGAGAAAAGAUUCAGACCCAAAAACGAAUCCAGAAUGUGGAACUUUUAAUUGGGUAAAUUUUGAAGUGCGGCAGAAUAUGGAGGUAAAGACAACCCAAGAUGUUGAAUUUAUGAAGAGAGCAAAUAAGUUGCAAGAACAGAAGGCAUAUGCCUUUGACCAAGACGUCUCCCAGAAGAGUAAAAGGGUAGUUCUACUUAUGCCAAGAGAUCUCACCCAAGGCAGUAGUUCCCGGCUUUCCAUGUCAACAGCAAUGUUGUAUCAAAAGGGAGCAAAAGCAAGUCGAAGUAGCUUGUCAGAAAUGCCUAUGGACAUGAGUCCUGCAGCAGUCACUUCUGAUGUCCCGCACUCUUGCCCACUGCCUUGUGAGAUUGAAGAAUGCACAGAGAUAAAAUGUGGCUCUUCAGAUGCAGAGAGUAUCAGCUUUUUGCCCAAUUCAUCUCACUUAGCACCACAUCCAGCCAAAAUAGAAAUCAAUCCAUCCCGUGGUAGAAUUUCAGAAAGUAAAAAAUCAGUUUUAACACCAAUAAACUCAAAUUCAAAAGAGACUUCCGCAGGAUUGGAUAUGAAGCUAAGCAAAGCAAUUUCUGAAAAACUGAGAAGCACCUCACCUUUUCGCCGGCUUGGCAUUGGUAUGGGUCAGAUAAGUAAAAGUUUCAGCUGUGAAGAGGGUUCAUCCAUACCACAAAUUAGCACAGUCCAUCGUUCUGCAACAAAAUCUGCCUCAGAGAAUGCUAUGGCUUCCGCUUGUCAUGGUAAUUCAUGUGGUGAUAAUCAAAAUGCUACAAGCAGAGCCAGGUCAAGCCCUCUGAGAAGGUUACUUGAGCCACUGUUGAAACCUAAGGCACCAAACUGCCGUCAUUCUGGGGAACCAUUAGAAAGGCAUUUUUUAUCAACAGAUAGGGCCUGCAAGCCAUCCAAUGGACGUUUAGAUUAUUCAACUGGAGCAAGACAGCCAGGAGUUGUAAAAUUAGAUAUGGAAAGUUGUAGGCCAAUCAAUAUUGAUAAUUCGUGUCAGGAAAAGAAGCAUGGAUCAUCAGCAUUUCAAGCUUUGCUACAAGUUACAGUUAAGAAUGGCCAGCCUCUUUUCACGUUUGCAGUUGACAAUGAACAUAAUAUUCUUGCAGCCACAAUGAAGAAGUUGAGUAGCACGAGAGAGGAUGACUAUAGCUGCAUUUACAAAUUCUUUGCUUUUCAAGAAAUCAGGAAAAGGAAUGGGGGGUGGAUGAACCAAGGAGGCAAAGGCAAAGGCAAAGGCAAAGGUCAUGAUUAUAUUCCUAAUGUCGUAGCUCAAUUGAAGGUUUCUGGUUCUCAGUUUUCCCAUUGUACUAGGGAGAACUGUAUGGAGCAAUCAUGUGUCAGAGAAUUUGUUCUGUUUGAUUUGGACUUGCAACAAGCGGAGCCACAAACAUUAGAAUCCCAGCCAAAUGAACUUGCUGCCAUUGUUGUCAAGAUCCCCAGAGUCAUCAAUAGAAAUACAGCCAGUGAUGGGCAUCAUACUGAUAAAUGCAAUGAUCUUCCAGAGAUGAGAUUUAAUUCUACUUCUGGGGAACAUCCUAUCAUCAACGGCCAAAGCCUUAUCAGUGCCACAGUCAUUCUUCCAAGUGGUGUUCAUAGUCUACCAAAUAAAGGAGGACCUUCAUCCCUGAUCCAAAGAUGGAGAUCAGGUGGAUCAUGUGAUUGUGGAGGUUGGGAUUUAGGUUGCAAACUCAGGAUUUUUGCCAACCAGGGUCAACUUGGUAAGAAAUCAAGUCUAUCCAAAGCUUGCUCUAUGACAGAUAAAUUUGAGCUCAUCUCGCAGGCAGGGGAAGAAGGGAACCAACCUGUCUUCAGUUUUGCUCCUUUCAAGGGCGGAAUCUAUUCAGUUGAGUUCACAUCAUCAUUUUCAAUUUUACAAGCAUUCUCACUGUGUAUAGCAAUUCUAGACAGUAAAAAAUUGUGUGAGAUCUCAGAAUCGUGCAACUAGUUUGAAAGAAAAACUUUUCUGGAAACCAUACCAGCGCGAAAUGCUGGAAUAACUGGGGAAAUGCCUGCAAGCUAUGUCCCAUAUCCACCCCAUUCUCCUGUUGGAAGGGUCUAGUUUUAUAAGGAAUGAUCUGGUAAUUACACACAGGUGGUACAGAUAGAUAAAUAGCCAGUUUCACAAGUGGGUGGACAGCAAAUGAAUCCUGCACUCGAGUGCAUCUCAUUGAUAUAGGAAAACAAAAUAGAACCUGCAAGAACAUGGGAAAGAAAGUAAGAAACCUAGAAGCCUGAGAGCAUGUAUUUUGUAUUAGGAUUAAGUGUAAAUAGAGAAAUAUAUUCAUCCAUGUAAUUGUACAUAUAAUGACUUUUAAAUGAACUUUUGGCUCAAAAAGCCCUUCUCUGCAAA